GGGGCUGUGAGUGUGAGGGGUGGAGCGCCACCUGCAGGAAGCUGUCAUCCAGACGUGACCUCACGCCGUAAAGCGGGGCGGUGUGUCGUGCUGCGGACACUGCCGUCAGUGGGAUUGUCGCGGCGGCGGCGGCGGCGGCAGCAAUGGCGCUGUACGUGAAGGCGGCUGAGAUCGUGGAGCGGGUGGAGAGCAAACGCGGCUCUGUCAAGGACCUGGUGUACAACAGCGGCCAUCAGAACAUUAAGCAGCUUUUUGCACUGGUUUGCGAAACCCUGAAGUACGCCGGCAUUCUGAAGGAAAUCAUCGGCUCCACCAAACUGCUGAAGCAGGAGAAGAAGCUGCAGCUUAGCGUCGCCAAGGUGCUGGUGUACGACCUGCUCUUCGGGAAGGGCGUGAAGUGCGGGGGCAACUGGAAAGCGAUCAUCACCAAACAUCGCUCGCAGCUCAAGUCGGCGCUUGCCCGGCUGAAGGUCAAAAGGAAAGUCAGCCGCAAUGAGGACCUCAUCGUGAGCAAAGCAUCCGGCAGCCAAGGUUGCCGGGUGCCUCGCUACGUCAGGGUGAACCUGCUGAAAACCAGCACCAACGAUGUGAUCGACUACUUCAGACGGGAUGGUUUUAUUUACCGCGGUCGAGCGACCAGUGUGAAUGACCUCAAACACCUGAAGGGAAAAGAGUUUAUCUGUGACCUCCACCUGCCAGAGUUACUGGUGUUUCCUUCGACCAUAGACCUGCACCAACACUUCCUAUACACGGCAGGCCAUAUCAUUCUCCAGGACAAGGCCAGUUGCCUCCCGGCACAUCUUCUCAACCCCCCGCAAGGGUCGCACGUAAUCGAUGCCUGUGCAGCUCCAGGGAACAAGACAAGUCACCUCGCUGCUAUUCUCCGUAACAAAGGGAAGCUCUUUGCCUUUGACCUGGACAUCCAGCGUUUGGCCACGAUGGGCACGUUGCUGCUCCGGGCCGGAGUCACCUGCCACCAGCUAGCCAACGAGGACUUCCUACUGGUGGCUUCCAGCGACCCCAAGUACCAGGAUGUCAGGCACUUACUGCUGGACCCCUCGUGCAGCGGUUCUGGAAUCGUCAGCCGCCUGAAGCAGGUGACUGAGGAUGAGGAGUCCGCCUCGCCAGAGCGUUUGCAGGCGCUGUCCAGCUUCCAGCGCAAAGCCCUGUGUCACGCUCUCAGCUUCCCCCGGGUGCAGCGCGUGGUCUACUCCACCUGCUCGGUCCAUCAGGAGGAGAACGAGGAGGUGGUGCGGGAGGUGCUGCAGCAGCACAGGGACAGCUUCAGACUGGUGAAUUUGAUGCCCUCCUGGCCAUACCGUGGUCUGGACACAUUCCCCGAAGGCUCCCUGUGUCUCAGGGCCUCUCCAGACCAGACUUUGACCAAUGGUUUUUUUGUGGCCAUGUUUGAGAGGUGGAGCGGAGAGAAGACAACAGAACAGACCAAGAGUCCCUCUCAGGCUAAGGCAUCACUGUCUGCGGUUGACACGGUCGGAAUGGAUGGAAACUCUGAGGCUUCCCCAUCUACAGCUCCAACCGUCAAGAGGAAACGGAAGAAGAAAAAGAAGAAGCUGCAACCAUCAGCUUAGCUUCAAACAUCAGCUGAGGAACAGAGGUGUGUGUGAAGACAAACUGGGAAUCUGAAACACACAGUGGACAAGACCUAAUUAACAGCUGACUUAGGAGUGAGGAGCCCUGUGCAGACAGAAUGGAUGAAAUUGGUGUAUGAUGUAUUGAUUGAUAUUGCACUGGCACAGGUACCUCUGCUCUGGACCAGUCACUUCUAAACAUUUUCUUGCCCAUCCUGGGUCUGGACACAAGAAGGAGCUGAGGGGGUCCCAGCCUGACUCGUUUCCCUUCCACCUUCUCUUGCAACGGAGCCUAAAACCAACCUCAAGGACAUGAUCAACACACGUUUGUUACCCCCCAGGUGACUCAACAAGCAGCAGCGUCCAGUUCAAAUGGAUUCAGUGAUUGGUUUGAUGGGUUAAUCGUCAGCAGUGGGCAUAAGCUCUUCACUUCUCUCCUACGCUAGGAAUGUCCCAAAUUGUGCCAGGCAAAGUGGGACGGGCAGUGCCGAGAACUUGGAUAUACAAGAGCUGUACUGCACACAGUCAUUGCACAGUGCAGUUCUGUAGAUACAGUAUUAAAUGGUUUAGCUCUGGUUCA